CUUUCUACCACUUGACCCUUCAGCUCAUUGAGGAACUUGGUCCAUCGGACACUGUGGCAUGCUAGAGACAGUGCCGGUCUUUUGUCUCUUACCACCAGGUCCGUAAGGAACGAUACUUCGAUUUAUUUUCCGACUCUCUUGGGUGCUUGAGAAGAACUGUCCCCAUGCUACUAACGCUGAUGAUUCUGGGGCUUGCUGCCCUCAUUGGUACUUCUGAGAGUCAGACUGGAUGCUAUGGUGUCAUAAACAAGGUUGAUACCACUGGGGCUUCCUGUAGAACUGCAAAAGCAGAACACUUACCCUACUGUGGAGUUCGUGCUUCAACAAUGAUUGCACUGAGAGACUUGCGUGCUAUGAACAAUUAUAAAACCAUCAUUAAGAGCGCUGGAAGAAAAAAAUGUGUGGAUCCAGCUGUGAUUGCUGGUAUCAUCUCUCGAGAGUCGCAUGCUGGAAAGGCCCUAAAGGAUGGCUGGGGUGAUCGUGGAAAUGGAUUUGGUUUGAUGCAGGUUGAUAAACGCUACCAUAGAUUGGUUGGACGAUGGAAUAGUGAGGCACAUCUCCUUCAGGGGACAGGCAUCCUUGUUAAUAUGAUUAAGGGAAUCCGGAAAAAGUUCCCCAGAUGGACAAAGGAACAACAACUGAAAGGAGGGAUUUCUGCCUACAAUGCAGGACUAAGAAACGUCCAGUCCUAUGAUAAAAUGGAUAUUGGCACAACCGGCAAUGACUAUGCCAAUGAUGUCGUUGCACGAGCCAAGUAUUAUAAGAGAAACGGAUACUGAAUUUGGGAGUUCUCUCCUUUUCAAAUACAAUGUGGCUCUUACAAUAAUUAGUGAGGUGUUCAGAAGAGACACUGCAUAUCUGGGGAAAUUAGAAGCUGGAACCUGCAAAACCUUACUGAUGUAAAUAUACCCAUUGUCUGCAGUGGGAAGACUUGCUUAAAUAAGGAUUUGCAGUCUCAGGUACCAGAUUUUUAAAUUCUGUAAUCAAUAAAACAUUGGUCAUAUCAAAA